AUGCAGUCCAUGCCGAAGGCCCCCGUCAGCCUCUAUCAGUCUCUGACGCAGCCUUCCAACAACAUGCUCAUCUUGCUGGUGCUUACGGCCAUUUGCGUCGUCGUGCCGCUGGAUUUGACCCAGCUCAUCUUUGCGUGCCUCGGGGCUUUCUGCUACUACAUCGUACAAAGCUUGCAGCGCUCCAUCGCUCUGCCGUCUGAAAGCCCGCGGAAGCCCAAGCCGCACUUCGAGAAGGCGGAUGUCCGGGAGGUACGCAAGCUCACCCGCCGCCCUGCUCCCAGGAAGCUCGCCCACGUGGACGAGAAAGCACAGACCCCCGCGGUGCCCAUCUUGGCGCCCACCUUCCAGGGGCAGAGCCUGGACGAAGAGGUACAGGAGCUGAUCACCCAAAUCAUGCCGACGCCCGCCUCCCAGCGCGGCGUCGACCGCCUGGCCGAGGCCAUCCGCGUGAUGUUGGCCAGCAGCCUUCCUGAGGUGGAGGUCCUGGGCUUUGCGAGCAGCGACCUCUCCCGGGGCCGCGCCAACGGGGUGGCGGUGCCCGACGUGGACGUCGUCAUCAACGUGCGCCCGGACCGCGUGUCCCCCAAGCUGGCAGGAUCGCGGCCAAAGGCAGCGGCCGACGGGCGGAUGCUGCAGAAGUGGGCGUUGCGCCUCUGCGCCGAUCGCCUGGUCUCCACCGGCGGCUUCAAGUUCCGCCGCUCCGGCUUCCGUGGGGCGGAGCCCAAGAUGACGCUCCUCGUGCCGCCGGAGCUGCAGAUCUUCGAGCAGGCUGUGCCCAUUGACAUCUCCGUGAACGCCUCCUCGCCGUUGCACAGCGCGGCCUUGUUGACGGAGUGCGGCAACAUCAACCCCCGCGCCAAGGAGCUGAUUCUGCUGAUCCGGCGCUGGGCCAAGGACCGGGGCAUCUGCCACUCCCCCAAGGGGCACCUCUCGCCAUACAUCUGGAGCUUGCUGGCCGUCUAUUACCUCCAAGCCGGGAAUGAGCACGGCCCCCUGCUCCCGCCCAUGAACGAGUUUGAGGCUAUCUCCAAUCUGCUUCCCGCUGAACGCCGCUCUGCCAAGACCUGGACGCACAAGGAGGAGAUGGAGAAGGUCUCGGUGGCCGAGCUGCUGAAGGGCUUCGUGAUCUUCUAUCAGAACUUCAACUGGAAGCAGGAGGCCAUCUGCGUGCGUCGCGGAGAGAAGGGCCCAGCGCCCCUGUCCUUGCCACUUCACAUCAUUGAGCACGAUGACAAGACCACGGAGUGCGGGCCCAACAUCGAGGACCCCUUCGCGCCAAAGAACAACCUGGGCACCUGCAUGACGUGGUGGAGCUUCCGCCGCUUGCGGGAGGAGCUGGCCAGGGCCACCGACCUACUUGGCUCGGAGACUCCGUCCCUGUCUCAGUUGCUGGAGCCUUGGGCCCCCGACGAGCGCGAGGAGGCCCAGUGA